UCCUUCUAGAGAACCAGGUGCGUUGCCGACCCCAAAACAUGUCCUGCUGCAACCCGUGUGUGCCAUGCCAGCCCUGUGGCCCUACUCCUCUGGCCAGCAGCUGCAAUGAGCCCUGUGUCAGGCAGUGCCAGGACUCAACCAUUGCCAUUGAGCCCUCUCCUGUGGUGGUGAUCCUGCCUGGACCCAUCCUCAGCUCCUUCCCUCAGAAUACUGUUGUGGGAUCCUCCACCUCUGCUGCUGUUGGCAGCAUCCUCAGCUGUCAGGGAGUGCCCAUCACCUCUGGGGGCUUUGACCUCUCCUGCAUUUCAAACCGCUACUGUGGCAGAAGGUGCCCCUGCUAAAGGUGCUGGACACUGAUCCCAGACAAAGACCACCACAAUCUCAGAACAUGGUGCUGGACAGAGGAACAGACUUUGUGCUGCUGUUUUCAGAGUAGAUGACCAUGUCUGGCUUGCCCUGUCAGGACUGACAGGACGGGACAGCCUGGCUUCUCUGACUACAUGGCCAAUGUCAACCAAUACUCUCUUCCACUCACUCUUUAUCACUCUUCUCUUUGAUGUCUUCUGCUCUCCACAAAACUCUCUGCGAAGGUCCCAGAAACCACAUGAGUGACCU